GGGCACACGCUCUCACCAUCUUCUUUUUUUUUCACCUUCGAAAGUUCGAAUCGAAUCGUUCGAAUUGAAACGGUGACGCACGUGGAAGUAAAAAGGUGGAAAAAUAUCGGCUUUCAGGAAUUCUGGAUUGUGAGUGAGUAAGAGUGACGCAAGGAUCUUUUAUUCGUUUUUUUUUUUGGUCACUUGCAGUCGAGUGAUCGGUUAUUAAGAAAGGGAAUUAUUCUAGUUGUGUGAAUUUUAUCGCGCGCUUCAAUCGUCACGCGAAACAGUUCUAGCUAUAUAAUAGCUGCUGGUGUCAAAGGUCAUCAUAAAAAUGAACUGCAGUAGAAUGCAAUUCCUCCACCGGUUUCUCACAUUACCUUCAUUUUUAAAAUCCAUUCGACCAGUGGUAGUCGUUCAUCCUAGAAAUCUGAAGAUUAAGCAAUUGACAAACAUUCUCAGCGGCGAUAUAAAGUUAUUUUCAAGUAAUACUUCAAUCCCGAAAUCAGAAAUGGCAAAUUCUGGUGCAGGAGAUGUCAAAAUUCUCGACAUGAAUUACGAGCAACUUUUAGAAGCUCAAAAAGACAAAUCGGUUUUAAUUAUUGAUGUGAGAGAACAAUCAGAAAUUGAUAAAACUGGUGCUUUACCAGGCAGCAUUCAUAUUCCGAUGGGCCAAGUAGCGAAUGAAUUAACCAGUCUUUCUGCAGAAGAUUUCGAAAAUAAAUAUAAGAAACCAUUGCCAUCAGAAAGUACGAAGCUAGUUUUGUCUUGUAUGGCUGGCAGGAGAAGUGCAACCGUACAAGAUCAGAUUCAGAAACUGGGCUACAAAAAGUAAGUUAAUUUAAAUUCAAAAAAAUUCAAAUUGAUUGGAAACAUUUUUUUAA